AAAAAGGCAAAGCACUGAAUUAGCUUGUGGUCUGACCGCAAUCUGCCGUUCACGCAAUCCUCGCCCGGCAUAUCGUAAGGGCUCGCAUAUGAACAUGAGGCCUGGCGGCAUCACUCCGACUCGCUGCACUUGGUGUAUAAAUGGGGGUUGAGAGUACCUAGGAUCAUUUACAGCGCUGCCACUAGAAUCCUGUAUAAUGGCGCCUGCCACUACCACCGAGACCAGAACCACUGCACCUGCCAAACGCAUUGUUGCGGAGCUGAAGUCACUUGGAGAGUGGACUCGUCAACCCAUUCUACUCUCCCAGCGCCGACUCCACUGGUGAUGACUGAAUACAAGUACGCCAACUUCAAGCCUCACUUCCCUGUCGUGAACUGGGAGCCCCUGACCGAGCAGGAGGUCACCGACCGCGCCCUGUUCGCCGACUCGGAGAAGAAAGCUUUGUUCAGCGCCGCUCAGAAGGUGAAACAUCUUACCCCAGUCAUCGGAACGGAAGUCACUGGCAUCGAUCUCCGCCAGCUCACUCCAGCUCAGAAGGACGAGCUCGCUCUCCUGGUGGCAGAAAGGGGUGUCGUUUUCUUCAGGGACCAGGAGUUGAACAUCCAUGAACAACUCGAGCUCGCCAGAUAUUUUGGGCCCCUUCAUAAGCAUGCUACCACUGGGGUGCCCAGGGAACCAGGGCUUGAAGAAGUUCAUGUUGUAUAUAACAAUGUCGCCAAUCGCCCCAACCCAGUUGCGUUCGCUAAAUUUGACCUCUGGCACAGCGACGUCAGUUACGAAAUCCAACCUCCGAGCACAACGUUUCUCAAGGUCAUAACCAGCCCGGAGUAUGGGGGAGACACAUUGUGGACCUCUGGUUACGCCCUCUACUCGUCGUUGAGCCCUGGAUUUCAGAAGUACCUGGAGGGUCUCGCUGCUCUUCACAGUGCGGUUGCACAAGCCGAAGGAGCCCGUGCCCAGGGACUACACGUCCGGAGGGAACCCGUAGAGAACAUUCACCCUGUCGUCCGUGCCGGUUCGGACGCAAUCCUACAAUUCCUGUUCCUCCAGCUCAGCGAAAACGUGGACUUCCAAGUUCGUUUCCGUUGGGAAACAAAUUCCGUCGCAAUCUGGGACAACAGGGUCGUUACUCAUUCGGCUACCUUCGACUUCUGGCCACAAACUCGCCACGCGUUGCGCACGACUCCCCACGGCGAGAAACCUGAAUCUGUAGCGGGUUAUGAACGCAGGACCGGAAAGAAGCAAGGUAUCGAACCUCCUCAGGCUGACACAGAGGUAGUGAAAGUCCGUGGAUACAACGAUUAA